CUCUCAACUUUAAUUGUGUGUGCUACCUGCAAAGAAGAAAUUAAAUUUUCUCAAACGGCACCACGCGGUUUAGGAUUUAAAAUUACAUUACAGUGCAGUUGUGAAAAUGUUCGAUACAUUCAAUCAUGUCCGUUGGUGAACAAAGCUUAUGAAAUUAAUCGCCGGAUCGUUACAGCUAUGAGACUUUUAGGAGUAGGAAGAGAAGGAAUAAAUAUUUUUUGUAGUGUCAUGGAUAUAUGCAAAGGUUUAUGUAUCAGUACUUACUACAGUUGUCUUGAUAAUUUACAUACAGCCGCAAGUGCAAUUUACGAUCAGCUAAUAUCAAAAGCUGUAAAAGAAGAGCAAGAAUUAUUAUCAGAAUUUGAGCCUAAUGAAAAUCCAAAACACUUGACGGUUUCUGGAGAUGGCACCUGGAAGAAGCAAGGGUUUACUUCACUUUUUGGCGUUACAACCCUUAUUGGUAAAUACAGUAAAAAAGUUAUCGAUACUGUCGUAAAAUCUAGUUUUUGCCAAGGCUGUUGCCAAGGCGAUUUACUACAUCGAUGUUUGGGAUCCGAAACUCAAAAUAACAAUGAAUCGCUCAAUUCAUUAAUAUGGACUUUUGCUCCCAAGCAUAUUCACGCUGGAUCUCAAACAAUUCAAAUUGCGAAUUAUUUAGCUGUUGCCAUUUUUAAUGAAGGUUAUUUACCCAUCUUAAAAAUGAUGGAACUUAUGGGCAUCACCGUUGGUACUGAAGCUCAUUCAUUUGCUAUCAGACGUAACGAAGUUCGGAUUGAGCGCUCUGAGCUACGAGCUACUGCUGCUUCCAAAGAAGGCAGAACAGCUCGAUUAGCUGAAAGAACUUCACAAAACAUCGAAUAUGAAGUUGAGGAAGGCCCAAUGUAUGGAUCUGGAAUCGCCAAUUAAUCCAAAAUCACUACAAGGGCUGGAAUCAUGUCAACCAAGGUGCACCGUUUUUUUUGUAGCCCCCACUUCACCAACCUGUAAUUUGUCCAAUUUAUCAUUUUUUUUUUUUUCAAUUUUUUUUUUAUAUU